UUAAUCUCCUUUCCCCCAAUAAAUUAGGGAUUGUUUUCACUCUCCUAAAAUCCCCUCGCAUUUCUUCCCGAUUGCAUUUCGUCUCCUUGAAAUCUUUCUGUUUUGAUGGUAGCGUCUGACUCUCAAAAGGAACUGUUGAGGGGAUUUAACAUGCUUCAAUGAAAUGUAUAUUUAACAUACUUCACUGUUGAAGUUAGUGUGUUCCUUGAUGAAUUAAUUCUUAUAUUUACUGAAUUUUGGGGCUUAACGUCAAAAUGGUCACCGAGAACAUAGCAUAUCUCCAGGAUGUUGUGAUUCCUCGAGUUAUUUGUUGGGAAGCUUUGUAAAAGUUGAAAACUUGCAGAGUUGAAACUUGUGAGGUUUACAUAAAAGAGCUAAGACGGGGUCGCUGUGUUGUGUGGCUGCAAGGCCACAUGGGUCAAAUACACCCAGUAGAGAUUGGUCCAUGGGUCCCCAAGAGCUUUAUUGGCAAACUAAUACUAGUUUCUCGCCACCCCCUUCAAGAUGGGAUUUCCAUUUUCAACCCGAUGGACUGUCAUAUGGUUCAUAUGAUGGGAAUCAACUGUAUGAAUCUUCUACAUCUCCAAACAGUAAAGAAAGUAGGGGCUGGGUGAGGAGAAACCUUCUUUACAAUCAUCAAUAUUCUGCAUCUGAUGGUGCUGGGCCCUUUUUAAGUAGCCCAUCGGAUCUUUCACAGGGUCCACAGUGGACACCUCCGGUGAUACAAGAAAUCACUCUUUGAUGAUUAUGAAACUGCAGCGAGAAGAGAUCAUGUUGGUGGGCAAUCACCCUUCACUUGUAUCGUUGAGGGUACUUCAACAAAUGCAGAUAGUGGUGUCUCCACUUCACCUUAUUCAGACAGUAGUGAGUCUGAACCCAUGGUCGAGCAGUGCUUCUCAUCUCAACGAAACAUUUCAAGUCGGUAUUGCUUCAUGUCCAAACCUAUUCACCCCUUGUCCUUUCCCAUGGAGACUCCUACCACAGAAGCCUCGGACUCCACAGUUGCGGGGCUUUCAGAUGAUACAGCCACACCACAAAGAGAUGCCCAUUGCUGGAGCAGUGCUAGCAGCAGCAAUGAUAUUGCGGAUAUUUCUGAGUCAUUUGAAUCUGUGAUGUUUAGUCGAUCAUGUAUCCCAUCUAGUGGUUUUAAAUGUAGUUUGUGCGAGAGAUAUCUUUCACAGAGAUCGCCUUGGAGUGCUCGUAGGAUUGUAAGUAGUGACAUGCCUGUUGCAGGGGCUCUUUCAUGUGGGCACACUUUCCAUGCAGAAUGUUUGAAGCAGACAAACACAAAAAACUCGUAUGAGCGAUCCUCCUUGUCCUGUAUGUUCCAAACUUGAAGAGCAAAAUUCUCCAAAAAACCGAGUCUUCUCUAGGUUUAGGAAUAGUAUCUCAAGGCUUAAACCAUUUUCUGAGAAUGGGCCAUCAAAGUCUUGGAGCUGUGCACAGGUGGGAGAUUGUGUGCAAGGGGUUUUGCAGCCUCCCCCACGUAAUAGAACUAUGCUAUUGCUUAACCAAAGUCACAUGAAGAAAAAUCUCUUCAUGAAGGUUAAUUCGAGUAGAGAAUUUCCCGGAAAGCUGAGAAAAAGUGGUUCGUCCCCUUUGCAACUUUUUAGUGGGAAGUCGAUCUAUCUAGGUGCGGUAGUGUGCUCAAAGACAAUUGCAGGUCCAAGCAUGAAGAGUUGAAACUUGGCAUAUCUAUUAAGGUUGAAUGGCUGCUGAAUGACCUUUGAUCGAGUAAAAAUGGGACUGGAAACCAGGAGGUGUUGUAUAGAUAUUAUUUUGUGGAAACUAGAGGUUGAAGUCUAUCAAUUUCGUCUGUAUCAUACUAUUUAUUUAUGAUGGUGGAAGUGCUGAAUGUGGAUCAAAUUUCUUCUUUUUGUUGAGUUGUG